GAAGCCCCGGCCUGUGCCUAGAGGAAGGGGCUGCCCACCCCGACCCCGACCCCGACCCCACCCAGCACCAUGAAUACCUCCGCCCCGCCCGCCGUCAGCCCCAACAUCACCGUCCUGGCCCCGGGGAAGGGUCCCUGGCAAGUGGCCUUCAUUGGGAUCACCACGGGCCUCCUGUCACUGGCCACGGUGACGGGCAACCUCCUGGUGCUCAUCUCCUUCAAGGUCAACACCGAGCUCAAGACAGUCAACAACUACUUCCUGCUGAGCCUGGCCUGCGCGGACCUCAUCAUCGGCACCUUCUCCAUGAACCUCUACACCACGUACCUGCUCAUGGGCCACUGGGCUCUGGGCACGCUGGCCUGCGACCUCUGGCUGGCCCUGGACUACGUGGCCAGCAACGCCUCGGUCAUGAACCUGCUGCUCAUCAGCUUUGACCGCUACUUCUCCGUGACCCGGCCCCUGAGCUACCGCGCCAAGCGCACCCCCCGCCGGGCGGCCCUGAUGAUCGGCCUGGCCUGGCUGGUCUCCUUCGUCCUCUGGGCCCCGGCCAUCCUCUUCUGGCAGUACCUGGUGGGGGAGCGGACGGUGCUGGCCGGGCAGUGCUAUAUCCAGUUCCUCUCCCAGCCCAUCAUCACCUUUGGCACGGCCAUGGCCGCCUUCUACCUCCCUGUCACGGUCAUGUGCACACUCUACUGGCGCAUCUACCGGGAGACGGAGAACCGGGCCCGGGAGCUGGCGGCCCUGCAGGGCUCCGAGACGCCGGGGAAGGGGGGCGGCAGCAGCAGCAGCUCAGAGCGGUCCCAGCCGGGGGCCGAGGGCUCCCCGGAGACCCCUCCGGGGCGCUGCUGCCGCUGCUGCCGGGCCCCCCGGCUGCUCCAGGCCUACAGCUGGAAGGAGGAAGAGGAGGAGGAUGAAGGCUCCCUGGAGUCCCUCACCUCCUCGGAGGGCGAGGAGCCCGGCUCCGAAGUGGUGAUCAAGAUGCCCAUGGUGGACCCCGAGGCGCAGGCGCCCGCCAAGCAGCCGCCCCGGAGCUCCCCGAAUACGGUCAAGAGGCCGACCCGGAAGGGGCGCGAGCGAGCAGGCAAGGGCCAGAAGCCCCGCGGGAAGGAGCAGCUGGCCAAGCGGAAGACCUUCUCGCUGGUCAAGGAGAAGAAGGCGGCCCGGACCCUGAGCGCCAUCCUGCUGGCCUUCAUCGUCACCUGGACGCCGUACAACAUCAUGGUGCUGGUGUCCACGUUCUGCAAGGACUGUGUCCCCGAGACCCUGUGGGAGCUGGGCUACUGGCUGUGCUACGUCAACAGCACCAUCAACCCCAUGUGCUACGCGCUCUGCAACAAAGCCUUCCGGGACACCUUCCGCCUGCUGCUGCUCUGCCGCUGGGACAAGCGUCGCUGGCGCAAGAUCCCCAAGCGCCCCGGCUCUGUGCACCGCACCCCCUCCCGCCAGUGCUGAUGGCCCCCUCGCCUGCAUCCCUCCACCCCAGGCCCUGGUAGAAAGCAGGCAGGGGCUGGGACCUGAGACCCAGGGCCCUGCGCAGGCCUCCCCGGGCUUCCCCGGGCCCUCGGUCACCUUCCUGCACAGCCCAGAGAGACCCGGCCAACGUUCCAAACUUUGCUGUCCCCAGGCAGGGAGGGGGGACCCGGGGAACUGGUUUUUCUGUUCCCUGCUGGAUAGGAAUGGGCUCUUCACCAGGAAGAAGCCCCGGGAGGAGGAUCCGGGCUUCAGAUCUUGUUUGUGUUUGGGCAGGAAGUCCUUCCAGAGCCAGCAGGGCAGGCCAGAAGAAAGAAGGUUUAACCGCGCAGUCAGCCUCGGCCCAGUGGCUGGCCUGGACUGAGUGGGAGAUGGCACGCCCUGCCAGCAGGGGACUGACCCCAACCACUGAGAGCAAAGCUUGGCUCAGAGGGAGUUUCCCCCCGCUGGGGACCCCCUCCCUCCCCAGACACAGCCCACCGUGCUGGGCCCUAGGCACCCUCCAGGAUGGUCAUCUUCCCUGCACAGGUCCCCAGAGGGUCCCUAUGUCUGAAUGUCCAAGCGUCAGCAGGACGAUGACACACCAGAGGGGACCUAGUGGGGUCAGUCACACGUCAAGUCCCAAGGCAGCAGCAGGACCAGGCGCCAGGUGUCCCGAUGGUCCCACUAUGUCAUUUCCCUGGGAGUGAGGGGCAGGGGGGCCUGCCGUCCAGCCCCACACCGAUCCCCCCCGCCCCAGAGAAACGCUCGGUCCCUCCCUCCCUGGCUCACAGACGCUGCCUGGCUGGAUCUCCUCCAUCAGAUUUCUAGCCAGGCCUCCUGCAUGCUGCCUGCCUCUGGCCCCACCCCACGCCGGCCUGGCUCGGCCUGGCCCCUUGUGUUCCUUCCUUCCAACAGGUCCUCCCCUGGGAGCUUCCCCCAUCCGACCCGUGCAUGGCCUCCCAGCCACCCUUAUCUCCAGGCCCGGCCUGGCUCCCCCAAAUGUUCUUUCCUCCCAACCUCAGCAAGUGCUGAGUCUGUGAAUAAAGCCACAUAACCAGCAGGCGCUAA